CUCGAUUUACAACAGUUCGUUUAGUGACCGUUCAAAGUUACAACGGGCACUGUAAAAACUGACUUAGGACUGUUUUUCACACUUAUCACCAUUGCAGCAUCACCAUAGUGAUGUGAUCACGAUUCAGAUGCUUGGCAACUGAUUCUUAUUUAUGACGGUUGCACAGUGUCUUGGGGUCUUGUUAUUGCCAUUAACAAGACCUUCUGACAAGCAAAGUCAAGGGGGAAGCCAGAUUCACUUAACAACUGUGUUACUAACUCAAUGACUGCAAUGAUUCACUUAACAGCUGUGGCAAGAAAGGUAAUAAAUUUGGGCAAAGUUCACUUAACAAAUUUCUCACUUGGUGACAGAAAUUUUGGGCUCAAUUGUGGUUGUAAGUCGAGCAGUGGUAGGUUGCCCCCAGUGUAGUAAAACCAACAGGAGGCUCCACCCACUGACCCAGACGUCAUCAGGAAGCUUAUGUGUAGAAGUGUGCAUGAAGCAUGCACAUGCACACAGUCCCAUUGUGAACCAGUAGUAAAGAUAAGUAGAACCCACCCCUGAAGUUGAGGACUACCUGUAUAUAAAUCUCAAAUCCCAUUCCUGCAUAAAAGUUAUUAGAAAGAGAAAUAACGUGGAGUGGUAUGAUUCCUUUAGUCCGCUGUAAGUUUUAUCUACAGGGAAAUGGCUUUUUUCGUAUGGAAGGGUGAUUGUACCCAGCCUCAUUAUUUCAGAUCAUUCAGGAAUAAAAAGAAUCACUUUGAAAAAUUACUUGGUCUUCCCUUAACUAAAGUCACCCAAAGCACAUCUAAAUAGGGAGGCCUGUUUCCCUAACAACCCCUUUUCAGUAUUUUUUUUAGAAUCCAGAAAUGUGGGUUGAAUGAAAUUAAAAUUGACAUACUUAGCUGGUUCAUACAACAUUGCAAGCAUUAAUAUUUUUUUCAAGCAACACAUCUAUUAUGUGAAGUUAGUUUUUGUGACUUUUAAAUGUAUUUGAUGGCAUAUUCUUGCAAAUUCAACUGAUUAUGGUUUAUUGAAUAGAUCUUAACAUAUGGGCAAACUAGGUGAAAUUUGUGAUAUAAUCACACUGCCGUUUCUUUUUUAAUUCAGAGUUGAUGCCUAGAAUUUAAUUGAAUUUGUUUUGCAGAAUAUUUUGCUAUAGUUUUCAUCAAAUGAAACUUGGAGAACUCAACAGAGAAUACUGUUUAAAUUUAAGCAUUACAUUAACACAAAGAAAUCUAGUAGCAUGCAUAGCACAGAACUGAUUGUUGUUUUAGUUCAUAGCUGAGAAAUAUUACUCUAUUCUUGUCAGAUAUGUAAAAAGUGCCAAAGUCAGAAAAAAGCAGGUUAAAGUGGCUGCUGUGGAAAAUGUUUCCCGUCAUGAAACAUCAUUAAUUAGAAUUCAUCUCCACUUUCAUUAAUUUGUCAGCAUUCUGUAUUACCAUUUGUCUUUUUUAUGUAGAUUGAUAAGUAUCUUCCAAACAUUGCCAUCCCACUUUUUAUUUCUUAGGGAUGCCUAUGGAAUCCUUCUGCAAUUUUAAUGAAAAAUAUGGAAAUGCAUAUAAUACCGGCCUUAAUCAUUUUAUUUUUUUUAUUGCAUACCAGUUUUCUGCUUAUUUGUUUAUAAUAAAAGUAACUUUUCAAGUGGUGGGGGAAAAUAUGUGGGUGCUGCUGUAACAUCUGCUGUUUUAAACCUUAUAUAUAUUUUUUAAUGUGCUGCUUUGUGUUCCAAAAGUGUCAAGAAUGAAAAAGUUAAAGUAGAAACCAGAAGGAAGAAAUUGCUGACCAUUAACAUUAGCUGUGAUAUGUUGGAGCAAGCAGCUUAGAGAUUUCUUAUUUUUGUUAAAUAACUUAGUGAUUAUAACAUCUUGUUGCAUUCCUUAACUGAGGUUCAAGAUCUUUUGAGCUAGGUCAAAAGGUUAUAAAUGCUACUGGCAAACUUGCAAAUAUUUGAGGAACAGGUUCAGCCUGCUUUUUAGUGAAUGAUUGUAAGUAGUAACUAUGGUAUUUCUAGGUAAACUGCGUUUGUGUAUCCAAAUUAAUUUCAAGCCACUGACAGAUUGGCAAGAUCAAGAAGUAAAAUUAGGAUGCUUUUCUCAGCAUUUCUCCCCAGCUCAGGAUUUGAAACAGCAGUGAUUUGUCAUGAACACAAUUAUUCUAAAUACCUUAACUUAGUUUUUACUUUUUUGCUGCUACUUCUUUCUGCUUUCUUUCUUUCUUUUUUUCUUUUUUUCUUUUUUUGCUGCUAAUUGGAUUAAAAGCCAUUUUGUAUACUAUGGCAACUUGGAUGGAGACUGAUUACAAUGAAGAUGUAAGUUACCUAGACAGAAUGGCGGACCUGGUGGCUGUCUGGGAAGUAGGCCUGAGUGAUGGUGUUCACAAAAUUGAAUUUGAACAUGGGACCACAUCAGGAAAGCGUGUUGUGUAUGUAGAUGGAAAGGAAAUAAUAAGAAAAGAAUGGAUGUUUAAAUUAGUGGGAAAGGAGACAUUUACAGUUGGAGCAGCUAACACAAAGGCUACUAUUAAUAUUGAUGCAGUCAGUGGAUUUGCCUAUGAAUAUACUCUGGAAAUAGAUGGAAAAAGUCUCAAGAAAUAUCUGGAGAAUCGGUCAAAAACAACAAACACUUGGGUAUUACACCUAGAUGGUACAGAUUUUAGAGUUGUUUUAGAGAAAGAUACAAUGGAUGUCUGGUGUAACGGUAAAAAAGUGGAAACAGCGGGUGAAUUUGUAGAAGAUGGGACAGAAACACAUUUCAGUAUUGGAAAGCACAACUGUUAUAUCAAAGCUAUCAGCAGUGGGAAGAGAAGGGAAGGAAUUCUUCACAUGCUCAUUGUGGAUGAUGGAGAAAUUCCAGAAGUCUUGGAAUAACUUUCAGAGACUAAUGCAGAUAAAAAAUAUCAGGGAUUUUCAAUUACUGAGGUAUAAUUGACAAUUGUAAUGUGUACUUGUUCAUUGAGUCUGUGCUGGAUUUUUUAAGUUAGAAUAUAGAAAAUUCACUAGAGGGCCAAAUAAAUAUGUAAAGUUGUGUAUAAUCUAUUAUUUUGUUAUAUGGGGCACUGAAGGGGAACUGACUAAUGUAGAAAUUGUUUACAUGGGACAUUUUAAUAAAAUAGUGCAGAAUGAAA